GCUGCCGCGUUAAUCGUAUUUAUACCAACAUCCGGGACAAUUCUCGUGAGGACAAUCCCAAGAAUAUUUUCAAAAUGUUGUGUUGUUUUAAAAUCGGGCAUUUUCCGUCCGUCUAGAAAGUUUUGAUAAAUUGGUACAAAUAUAAGUUUAAAUUCUACUGUCAACGUAUUUACUUUGCCGUUAUACUUCGGCACAGAGUUGCAAUUGCUCAGAUUGAAAAUAAACUAAGACUGUGUUCUAACAUGGAAAUUUUUUUUUAUCGCUGCUGUAGGAUACAGAAUUCUCUUUAUAAAAAAAAUUAAAAAGGCAAAGUUUUUGAGUUGACAGUUCUUGGCUAUGUAUAAAACUGGAUUAUUGCUGUUGUUGUAGUCGUAGAAAUCAUUCUCUAAAUAAUCAGAGAAUUGCUGCCGUCUUGACAGUUCUCGGCUGGAUAAAAGUUCGGUUAUGUAGAUCUGAUGUCGGACCAAAAAUCGAAUGAGGACUAUUUUGAAAGCGACAACAUUAAUUUAAACAACUGAAUAAACAUUUUUUUCACAAAAUGAAAAUUCUCUCUUUUUUUAUAUACCUCAAAAAUCGAUUUACAUACAAAAUUUUUACAGUUGUGUGGUUUUUUAGACCAUAUUGAGAUUUUGAAAAAGCAUUUCGAUGAAGUAUAUACAGAUAUACAUACUUAUAUAUAGGUAUGUAUGCGUAUACUCCUAGAAAUAAAGGUGUCUUGUUUAAAAAGGGUGAUGAUAACAAUUUUCCAGACCGACUGUCAACAUAACUAGGCCAUUCAAACUUCCAUAUCAUCAAUGCUCUCUACUAAACCGAUCGAUAAUGCUAAUUCCCUCAUGAUUUCGGCACCAGCAUAAUUGGCUGAACAAUGCGAUCGGCGUGAGCUUAAGUAUAAAUUGGGCUGUUAUAUCAACCAGGAGCACAGUGUGGGAACAAGCACGUUAGAAUGCUUAGUCGCAGUACCCAAAACAAAAAAUAGUAUUAUUCAAGAGCAUUAACUCCGGCUACAACCAAAUAAAAAGGAAAAUAUGCAUUCCUCUUCGCUGCUAACAUUUGGCGUUUUGCUCUUACUAACUACUUUGGCAAACCAUUGCCAGGGCAAUGAAAGUCCAGGAUUCUUUCUGAAGAUCACAAAAAAUGUACCGCGCCUAGGACGACGCUCGGACAGUUAUUUCUUGAAGAAUAUGAAAACAAUACCACGCAUCGGACGUCGUGGGGAUGGGGAACUGGACGUCGCCCUUUUGCCUUCGCUUUCUAAACGUAUGCUUAUGAAUCCAGCCGAAGCAGCUGCAGCCGCGGAACGUGAAUACAGUCUGGUGCAGCCGGUCACUUCGAACACACUAAUCGAGUUGCUGAAUAAGAAUGCAAUCGCCGCGGAUAAUAUAAAGUUCGUACACUGGAAGGAUUUCGAUCGUGCACUGCAAAGGGACACGGAAUUGUAUGGCAAGCUGAUUUCGUUGGGUCGUAAGCCGGAUCAACGACUAAAGGCCGAUCUCAACAUUGAUUUGAACAGUGGCUUUACGCCUCUAGUAUCGACAUCCAACAGCAACGAUUAUAUAUAUUACAACAAAGACGUGGACGAGAUGUACGCGCCAAAGUACGGCAGAGAUUUUAUGCGCUACAAUCAACUGGAUUAGGAAUAUGCAAGCGUUCAAGAAGAUUUUGUAACAUUUAUUGUAUUAUUGGGCGUUGAAUAUGGUAAUCUAUUAUGGUGCGGGCAUAUCUAGUCAAAAAUAA